UAUAGGAAGUUCUUCCUGGAGCGCCGCGGAGGUCACGAGUCAUGUGACAGCAGCUUGACAGGCGGCUUCCUAUAGGCGACUGAACUGCGGGGACACCCGGGCAGGUCGCCCCAGGCUGGAGUGCGCGAGGGCGUACAGAUUGAUCCUGUGGGAGAAAGGGGUUCAUCAUGGCGGAUGAUCUAAAGCGAUUUCUGUACAAAAAGUUGCCAAGCGUUGAAGGGCUCCAUGCAAUUGUUGUAUCAGAUAGAGACGGGGUGCCUGUUAUUAAAGUGGCUAACGACAGCGCUCCAGAGCAUGCCCUGAGGCCUGGCUUCUUGUCCACCUUCGCCCUUGCGACAGAUCAAGGCAGCAAACUCGGACUUUCCAAAAAUAAAAGUAUCAUCUGUUACUAUAACACCUACCAGGUGGUUCAAUUCAAUCGUUUACCUCUGGUGGUGAGCUUCAUCGCCAGCAGCAAUGCCAACACAGGACUAAUUGUCAGCCUAGAAAAGGAACUGGCUCCGUUAUUUGAAGAGCUGAUAAAAGUUGUGGAAGUGUCCUAACCUAACAAUGGAUUUGAUGUCUUCCUUGUCUUCACCGCAACAACACCCUGCCAGUCCAGCAAUCUUUAGACCACAGUAAUACUUGUAUCUAUCUAUGUGUCCAGAGGGCCGCUCUUCCACCUUACACUAAAGGAGAGCCUGGAGCUGUAAUUUAUAGACAGAUCAAUUGUUAUAUUUAUGUGUAUAAAGUCUUUUCUUACUUAGUGAGAUCUGGGAACGCCACAAAAAUGGUUCAUUCUAGUGCAGCUCCCAUGGAGUUAGUGUGGAUGUUCGAUAAAGAGUGGCGUCUGUCCCGUCAUAGGGAUCAGAAUGGCACACGGAUGCUCUGGAGCCAGCAAGCACACCUGCUGCACAGAGCUCCCAGGCCACAGGCCACAGAGACGCUUAUGAGAAUAAUAAUGAGGGCGUAUUUUUCUUAAGAUUAUAUUUUAUUUCUUUGUAUUGAGUGUGAGGAAGAUGAAUGGCUUGGUAAAAUAAUAAAGUAAGUACAAUCACUAACCUCCUCUGUCUGUGAUCUCCAGUAGAUGAGUGUUACUAAUGGAGUUGGUUCUUCUCCGAGGGUGCUGCUCUUGAGUGAGACUGCGAGUCACUGCUCAUGCCGUCUCUUCUCUUCCCGUAACAGUGCGUUAAUGACUGUGUUCUUUCUACAUCGGAAAUGCCAUGUUACUGAGUUCUGUUUCCAGUAUCAGUAUGUAUAUGAAAAUGACAGUAUAGCCAUUUUUUCAUACACAAAUAUAAAUAAAAUAGUAUUUUUAAAAGUA